CUUCCAUCUUUCAAUUCUGGAGUCUAUCCCAGCUUGAAUCGAAAAAUUAUAAUUUUUAACUAUAUCAUUUGGUACUUUUCAUUUCAAUCUCUUCUCCACCAUAUCACCUUCUGCUCCAAACUUUGAACUGAAAUUUCAACUUCUUCAACCUUCUCUCGCGUCCCUCACAGCGAUAGUGCAAGAUGUUCGUUCCUCUAUGAAUUUUUGUGCGAGUUAACGAUGGUUGCAUUCCAACCUACGAUGGCAAAUCUCCCUAACUUUUCUUUCUCCUCACAGCCCACCCACUUCGUCUCCUCGGCACCCAAUUCUCAUUCAGCAAUGCUAGUGAAUCCCCACCGCCAAGUUCACGAUUCAUAACACCUUGCUGCAUCUUAGUCCACCACCAGUCCGCCCCGCUCAUUUUCGUUGCUCCCAUUUGCUCCCCACAAACAACCAAUCAUCGAAGUUGGUCGCCUCUCGUCCUCUACUACCGCAAGAAUGCCAGGUUGCCAUAGCUACCCUUUCCCCCGCCAUGAAGCGACUGUCACUAAUCUCUCAUAUUAUUGAGCAGGAGAAACAAACAUAGCAAGAAGAAAGAUCUCACUCAACGGACGCGGACAACUACUUCACCAUUGAUUCUUCUUUUGUGAUUAUUCAUCCAUGGCAGGCGCUACGUCGGCGCUGUUUAUUCUAGACAUCAAGGGCCGGUGUUUGAUCAGCCGCGAUUAUCGGGGGCAGGUCUCCGCCGCCCAGGUCGAGAAGUUCUUCUCUAAGCUCCUUGAGAAAGAGGACGAUAUAGAGUCUCAUGGCCCAGUUUGCUUUGAAAACGGCGUGAGCUACAUGUUUAUUCAACACAGUAAUGUGUACUUGAUGACUGCAUCGAGGCAGAACUGCAACGUAGCUAGCCUCCUCUUCUUCCUGCAUCGUGUUGUGGACGUUUUCAAGCAUUAUUUUGAAGAGCUGGAAGAGGAAUCUCUUAGAGACAACUUUGUUGUAGUGUAUGAAUUGCUAGACGAAAUCAUGGACUUUGGCUAUCCUCAGUAUACUGAAGCUAAGAUACUUAGCGAGUUUAUUAAGACGGAUGCUUAUAAAAUGGAAGGCACACAGCGGCCUCCAAUGGCUGUGACAAAUGCAGUAUCCUGGCGCAGUGAAGGCGUAGUUUACAGGACCAAUGAAGUGUUUCUUGAUGUUGUGGAAAGUGUAAAUAUUCUUGUCAACAGCAACGGGCAAAUAAUCCGUUCCGAGGUCUAUGGGGCGUUAAAAAUGCGAACACGUCUCAGUGGCAUGCCAGAAUGUAAGCUUGGCCUUAACGAUAGGGUCCUGUUGGAGGCUCAAGAUCGGGCAACAAAAGGAAAAGCCAUUGAUCUGGACGACGUUAAAUUCCAUCAAUGUGUCCGCCUCGCUCGGUUUGAAAAUGACCGUACAAUCUCUUUCAUACCCCCCGAUGGAUCAUUUGAUCUUAUGACUUAUAGACUCAGUACACAGGUAAAACCACUUAUAUGGGUGGAAGCUCUAGUUGAGAGGUAUUCAAGAAGCCGCGUGGAGAUGACUGUAAAAGCUAAAAGCCAGUUCAAGGAGCGAAGCACUGCGACAAAUGUGACAAUUGAGUUGCCUGUGCCAUCUGAUGCUACAAAUCCUAGUAUACGAACAUCAAUGGGAACUGCUAAAUAUGCUCCUGAAACAGAUGCCCUAUUAUGGAAAAUUAAAUCGUUUCCUGGUAACAAGGAGUAUAUGUUGAGGGCAGAGUUUAGACUUCCUUCUAUAGUAUCUGAGGAUGCAGUGGCCGACAGAAAAGCUCCCAUCCGUGUGAAAUUUGAGAUACCGUACUUCACUGUCUCCGGUAUUCAGGUUCGUUACCUUAAGAUUAUUGAGAAAAGCGGGUAUCAAGCACUUCCAUGGGUGAGAUACAUAACAAUGGCUGGCGACUACGAAUUAAGGCUUAUCUGAGUGUUGGAAAAUGCUUCAGCAGCACAACAUUGUGGUCUGGUCUGAAUGUUUCCUUUCCACAAACCUGUUCUCAAUGUACCUUGUCUUAACCUUGGUGCUCCAGAUUCUUGCAUUAUGUUAUCGGGAGUAGGAACCAUUCUUUCGAAUCUUUGAAUAAAUUCUUGCAAUCUUUUCAGUUUA